AUGGCCACAAAAAGAAAUUAUAAAGUACUGUCGUUGAUAACUAAAAGCCGGAAGAGAAUGUCAUCAGAGUGACAAAUAGUGUCUAAUCAUCUAAUUAUGUUAGAAGAGCUUUUUGGCUAUUCUAAGGCACUAGUAAAGGAAGUUUAUAAACCCUUAGAGGUAGACUUGUGACUGUUUAAGUUACGAGAAAAUUAGCAUCUUUACAAAUAAUAUUAAGAAAGACACCAACUGAACAAGAUAGAAAGAACCAGGAUUUCAUGUAUAUCAAAAUGAUAAUAAAGGAACUUUUCCCCCCUGAACAAAUUUAAACAAUUAAGCCUGAAAGAUAAAGAUCUCCAAAAGGAAAUAGAGGUAAAAUAGAUGAAAGAAAAAUUGCAGCAAUCGAAAAGAUGAUAGAGAUAAUAGAAAAGAAAACAGAAGAUAUGAUUAGAGUAAAAGAAAUAACAAAUAAGUUGGCUAAUUAAAAAGAAGGGGAGGAAUUAAAUAAUAAUAAUCCUGAGUUUCUGUUAAAUAUUAUAUUAUCAAUUAAUUAAUGA